AUGCAAAUCUUCGUCAAGACCCUAACGGGGAAGACUAUCACCCUUGAGGUGGAGUCCUCCGACACCAUCGACAAUGUCAAGGCCAAAAUUCAGGACAAAGAAGGUAUCCCGCCCGACCAACAACGCCUAAUCUUCGCUGGAAAGCAACUCGAAGACGGUCGCACCCUCAGCGACUACAACAUUCAGAAGGAGUCUACUCUUCAUUUGGUCCUCCGUCUCCGCGGUGGUAUCAUUGAGCCCUCGCUCAAGGUCCUUGCCUCCAAAUACAACUGCGAUAAGCAAAUCUGCCGCAAGUGCUACGCACGUCUCCCACCUCGUGCCACCAACUGUAGGAAGCGCUCCUGUGGCCACUCGUCACAGCUCCGCCCUUGA